AAUGCCAGAAAUGUGAAUGCCUAUUUCCCUGAAGCCCGCUGGUAUGAUUACUACACAGGUGCAAACACUAAUGCCAGGGGAGUGCGGAAGGACCUUGAAGCCCCUCUCAACCACAUUAACCUUCAUGUCCGUGGGGGCUACAUCCUGCCCUUGCAGGAGCCUGCACUGAACACACACUUGAGUCGGCAGAACCCCCUUGGUCUCAUCAUUGCCCUGGAUGAGAACAAUGAAGCAUCAGGAGAACUUUUCUGGGAUGAUGGGGCAUCGAUAGAUACUGUGGCCAAUAAAGUUUACCUUUUCUGUGAGUUUUCUGCCACCCAAAACCGCCUGGAUGUGAAGAUUUCACAAGCAACCUACAAGGAUCCCAAUAAUUUAGCAUUUCAGCAGAUUAAAAUCUUUGGGACACAGGAACCCAGGAACGUUACAGUGAAACACAAUGGUGUCCUGAGUCAGACUGCUCCCAAGGUCACAUAUGAUGCUCAGCUGAAGGUUGCCAUCAUCACAGAGAUCAGUCUUGUGCUGGGAGAGGAAUACACAGUGGAGUGGAACACAAUCAUCAGAGAUGAAGAAAAAAUAGACUGCUACCCUGAUGAGCAUGGUGCUUCUGAAGCAAACUGCAUUGCCCGAGGCUGUGCCUGGGAGGAAUCCAGUUCUGUUGGAGUCCCUCAUUGUUAUUUUGUCAAUGAUCUGUACUCUGUGAGCAAUGUCCAGUACAACUCCCAUGGGGCCACGGCUGACAUCUCCUUAAAGCCUUCUGUUUAUGCCAACACCUUCCCCUCCACACCUGUGAAUCCCCUCCACCUGCAGGUGACCUACCAUAAGGAUGAAAUGCUGCAAUUUAAGAUUUAUGACCCCAGCAAGAGUCGUUAUGAAGUCCCAGUCCCCUUGAACAUAACAAGGAGUCCAUCCAGCACCCCAGAGAGUCGACUCUAUGAUGUCCUCAUUAAGGAGAAUCCAUUUGGAAUAGAAAUUCGCCGUAAGAGUACAGGCACUGUAAUUUGGGACUCUCAGCUCUUUGGCUUCACCUUCAAUGACAUGUUCCUCCGCAUCUCCACCCGCCUGCCCUCCAAGUACAUCUAUGGCUUUGGGGAAAAUGAGCACACAGCCUUCAGGAGAGACUUGAACUGGCACACGUGGGGCAUGUUUUCCAGAGAUGAACCCCCCGGGUACAAGAAGAAUUCCUAUGGCGUCCACCCCUACUACAUGGGACUAGAGGAGGACGGCAGUGCCCACGGAGUUCUCCUGCUGAACAGCAAUGCCAUGGAUGUGACUUUCCAGCCCACACCUGCUCUGACAUACCGUACCACAGGGGGAAUUCUGGAUUUUUAUGUGUUCUUGGGGCCAACUCCAGAACUUGUCACUCAACAGUACACAGAGGUGAUUGGCCGACCUGUGAUGGUACCGUACUGGUCCCUGGGGUUCCAGCUGUGUCGCUAUGGAUAUGAGAAUGAUUCUGAGAUUUCCAGCUUGUAUGAUGAGAUGGUGGCUGCCCAGAUCCCCUAUGAUGUGCAGUACUCAGACAUUGACUACAUGGAGCGGCAGCUGGACUUUACCCUCAGCCCCAAGUUUGCUGGGUUUCCAGCCCUGAUCAAUCGCAUGAGGGCUGAUGGGAUGCGGGUCAUCCUCAUCCUGGACCCAGCCAUUUCUGGCAAUGAGACACAGCCCUAUCCUGCCUUCACUCGGGGAGUGGAGGAUGAUGUCUUCAUCAAAUAUCCAAAUGGUGGAGGCAUUGUCUGGGGAAAGGUGUGGCCUGAUUACCCUGAUAUUGUUGUUAACAGCUCUCUAGACUGGGACAGUCAAGUGGAGGAAUACCGAGCUUAUGUGGCCUUCCCAGACUUUUUCCGUAAUUCAACUGCCUUGUGGUGGAAGAGAGAAAUUGCAGAACUGUACAACAACCCAGAGAAUCCAGAGAGGAGCUUGAAGUUUGAUGGCAUGUGGAUUGAUAUGAAUGAACCAUCGAGCUUUGUGAAUGGGGCUGUUCCUUCAGGCUGCAGUGAUGCCAGUCUGAACCGUCCUCCCUACAUGCCACAUCUGGAGUCCAGGGACCGGGGCCUAAGCAGCAAGACCCUGUGCAUGGAGAGUGAGCAGAUCCUUCCAGAUGGCUCCCGGGUGCGACACUAUGAUGUGCACAGCCUGUACGGGUGGUCCCAGACCAGACCCACAUAUGAAGCUGUGCAGGAGGUGACUGGACAGCGAGGGAUCGUCAUCACCCGCUCCACAUUCCCCUCCUCUGGCCGCUGGGGAGGACAUUGGCUGGGAGACAACACUGCCACAUGGGACCAGCUGAAGAAAUCUAUCAUUGGCAUGAUGGAGUUCAGCCUCUUUGGCAUCUCCUAUACGGGAGCAGAUAUCUGUGGGUUCUUUCAAGAUGCUGAGUAUGAGAUGUGUGCUCGCUGGAUGCAGCUGGGAGCCUUUUACCCCUUCUCCAGGAACCACAACACCAUUGGCACCAGGAGACAAGACCCUGUGUCCUGGGAUGCUGCCUUUGUGAAUAUUUCCAGGAGUGUGAUGGAGACCCGAUACACCCUGUUGCCAUAUCUGUACACCUUGAUGUUCAAGGCCCACACGGAGGGCAGCACUGUGGUGCGGCCUCUUCUGCACGAGUUUGUGUCAGACCGUGUGACAUGGGACAUAGAUGAUCAGUUCCUGCUGGGUCCAGCCUUCCUUGUCAGCCCCGUCCUGCAGGCUGUGAGUAUGGAGGCCUCAGAUGUGUGGUGGAUCCCAGGUGUGAGGGUGUGUGAAUAGGGGCAGGAGAAGAAGCCU